AUGCACCAGCACUACACCGUCCACUUUGCCAAGGGUGCCCUACCCCCCCGGAUCGCUGCCGAGCGCUACUUCUUGGACCCGGAGUUGGGGCACCAAAAAGGAUGCUGUCAGCAGGGGUGCCACGACCCAGCAGCACGUGGCGCCCACAGGCCUGGUCGGCUGACCCCCCAGGCAUGCCGGCAGCCGGCCUACCAUGGCCACCAGGGGGGGCGCGGCAGCUGUCGCCGGGGCCCCCAGCCCCUGACCCAGCAGCAGCAGCAGCAGAGGCGGCAGCCCAAGCCCCCGCCGCAGCAUCUCUGCUCUGUUCACGGGGCCCAGAAGCGGCCACCUGCAACCACCGCUGUCUCCGCGCAGCCGGCCAGCGCCCCACAGCCGCCCCCCACCUCAUUCACCACGGCCACCGGCGGCCCAGCCCUGCCCUCCGCAGCUGGCACCCUCCUGGAGCCCAGCAGGCCCUCGGACGCCCGGCCCCUGCCUGCCCCUGCAGCCUGCGGCUGCUUCACCUCCUUCAGCUCCGACAUCUUGACAGAGGAUGACGUCUACUGCAGCUGCCUGGCCAAGACUCUCUGCCACGUGCCCGUCCCUGUGACUGUGGGUUUCUAUGCCCCCUUUGGCUGCCGCCUGCACAUGAUGCUGGACAAGAUCACGGCGCUGAUGCAGCAAGAGGCAGCCCAGCGCGAGGCCGAGGAGCUGGAGCGCGUGCAGUGGCGGCCGCGGCCCGUGCGGGGCUGGGCCUUCCCGAAGCUGCUGUGGUACCUGGUGUUCCUGCAGCCCAUCAUCACCGAGGUGCACCUGCGGCGCAAGAACGUCAAGUUCCUCUUCAUCCGCUUCAGCGCCUGGCAGUACGCCGGCACCGACAAGCUGUGGGCCGGCCUGGUGACCACGCUGUGCGAGGGCAUCCGCCACCAGUACGGCGCGCUGCCCUUCAGCCUGUACUCGGUGCUGGGCACGAAGGCGGCCACGACGCUGGGCUUCCACCAGCGCGAGUGGCAGUGCCGGCACCGCGUAUGCCUGGCGCUGCUGGCGCUGCUGGCCGUGCUCAGCCUGGGCGUGGGGCUGCUCUACCUGUCGGUGGGCGCCCGCUCGCUGAGCCACAGCGCCACCAACAGCAGCCUGCUCCGGGUGUUUGGCGGCGCGGCCACCACGCUGUCGGGCUCCGGGCUGCUCAUGGCCGUGUACUCGGUGGGCAAGCACCUGUUCGUGAGCCAGCGCAAGAAGAUCGAGCGGCUGGUGUCGCGCGAGAAGUUCGGAAGCCAGCUGGGCUUCAUGUGCGAGGUGAAGAAGGAGGUGGAGCUGCUCACCGACUUCCUGUGCUUCCUGGAGAUCUACCAACGGCGCCGGCUGCGUGUCGUGCUCGAGGUCACCGGGCUGGACACGUGCUACCCGGAGCGCGUGGUGGGCGUGCUCAACGCCAUCAACACGCUGCUGUCUGACAGCCACGCGCCCUUCAUCUUCAUCCUGGUGGUGGACCCCAGCAUCCUGGCCGCGUGCCUCGAGAGCGCCGGCUCCAUGAAGGGCACGGCCGACAACGGCUACCUCUUCCUCAACCGCACCGUCACGCUGCCCUUCUCGGUGCCCAUCAUGGGCCGCCGCACCAAGCUGCAGUUCCUCCACGACGCCGUGCAGAGCCGCGACGACCUGCUCUAUCGCGAGAUGACGCGCAAGCUGUGGCCGCCGGGCGGGGCCGGGGCCGGAGCCAGGGGCGGCGAGGGCGCGCAGCUCCUGGCGGUGCAGACGCAGGCGGGGGGCGAGCGCGCGCAGAGCCGCAUCGACGCCGAGGCGGCGCGCCGCAUCCGCGAAGCGCUCUUUUGCCUGCACGACGAGCGCGACUGCCUCUACGAGUACGUGCCCGACAACGUGGUGUCCAUGCGGCGCAUCGUCAACACCGUGCCCAUCACCGUGCGCCUGCUGCUGCAGCAGCAGGGGGACUUCGGGGGCCCCUCGCCGCGCCAGGCCGUGGCUUGGGUCGUGCUCGCCAACCAGUGGCCGUGCCGCCUCAGCUGGGCCCUGCAGUGCUUGGAGGACCAGCAGCAGGCCGGGGGCGCUCCCGAGGCCCGCGCGCGCCUGUGGGACGUGUUCUGCGACCACAGCCGGGAGCUGCACACCAUGACCAAGCCGCUGAAGAACGUUCUCGACCUGGACGGCGACCCUGAGCUUUUUGAGCGCUUCCUGGGCGCCGACUUCCCCUUCACUGUGGCCGAGGCGCAGAGCCUCCUGCACUGCACCGUCAACCUGGACCACUCCAUCCGCCGCCGCAUGAGCCUCAUCCGCGCAGUCAGCACGCUCAAGCCGCCCAGCCCGCCAAAGUCCCCCGCCCGCGACACCCCCCAUACCCCCAACGGAGCCAACCACGCCCCCGGGGCGGCCCUGGCAGGCCACCCUGCAGGGCACGCCCCUGUUUAUGCCAGCGAAGCCCACCAUCCCCGGGACUGGGCGCAGGGGGGCAAGCCCAGACCCGUGUCUUGA